AUGGGUUGUUCUAUUCCAUUUGUUUAUAAUACGUCUGUUGAAACCAAUUAAUCGUUUUCAUUUGAUGAUCUCUUGGAGAGCGAAGUAUCUUUAGAUUAAAUUCAUGAUGAAAUAGCAUUCUUAAAAAUAAAUGUGGAAAAAUAAAAAUUGAUCUAUCCUGAGGACUACAGGACUGAAGUAACACAGUUAGCUAAUUCCAAUUACAUCCAAUUGAUACCAAAAAGUAAAUCAGAUACUAAAUCUAAGAGGCCUUGUUUAAAACAAUAAUUGAAAACGCCAUCGGUAUCACUUUCUCAAGAUUUAAACCGUAAGAGAGUUCAUUUUGUCGAAAUUCAAUCCAAACAAACGAAUCAGUGCAGACGAACAACGAAGAAGAGUAAGAGCAAACGUUAGAGAAAGUCCUAAGAUAUUCGGGAGCAUAUCAACUUAGAUGACAUAUUUUGA